ACAGCUGAACUGGAGGCAUAAAUAAAGUUUGUUGAAGAAAACCCGUGCGCUACGUGCCGUGCUACAGGAGCCUCACGUUUUCUAUGUAAACACACAUGCAAACAUUGUGUCUCUCUUACAAAGUGACAGCUGUGUGUAACAAGCUGCAGCGGUAAAACCCCGUGAAAUAGGUCUGUGUGUCAGCGCAGCUCCGUCCGUGUAUUUCCGGGUGGUACGAGGCUGCUCCGGUACAUCCCAGCUAGCAUCAGUUGUUCCUGCCUCCGCUCUCAAUCCAGCCACAACAACAGCUACCGGAGGCCGGGACGUAAACAAAAACAACCAGUUACUGACCCAGACAGAUCUAUAAUUGAUGUCUCAUAGCUGAAAGCCAAAGCAGGGGGCAGCAGGGCGGGCAGCGGGCAGGAGUUAUGGCGGCGUCGCUUCUCUCCGAGACCGACAUCAGGCACCGGUCCAUGGCGGAGGAGGAUCCGAACGGGAAUGAGCACGGGGCGGCUGCACGCAGCGCGGCGCCUCGCUGGGGACCGCAGCACGCCGGGGCCCGGCAACUAGCAAGGCUCUACUCUCCCGGUAAGCGGCUCCAGGAGUGGGUGUGUGUGAUUCUGUGCCUCUUCCUUUUCAUCAUCAACUUCUCCUUCCUCCUCCUGCACUUCUCCACUGUUCACAUCUUCAAGAUCAUCCUGGGCAUUGUCCUAGGAAUAGUGACGGCAGACUUCGCAUCGGGGAUGGUGCACUGGGGGGCGGACACCUGGGGAUCUGUGGACAUCCCUGUUAUUGGCAAGGCAUUUAUUCGUCCUUUCAGGGAGCACCACAUCGAUCCAACCGCCAUCACUCGCCACGACUUCAUUGAAACCAAUGGCGACAACUGUAUGAUCCCCAUCCUACCACUGGCUCACAUGGCCUACAAGUUCCUCACAUACACACCAGAGGCCUUGGCGGCAUCCUAUCCCUGGGACUGCUACGUCUUCGCCCUGGCGGUUUUUGUGACGCUUACCAAUCAGAUUCAUAAAUGGAGCCACUCCUACUUUGGCCUCCCGCGCUGGGUCACACUGCUCCAGGACUGGCAUCUGGUGUUGCCACGGAAACAUCACCGCAUCCACCAUGUCUCGCCGCAUGAGACAUACUACUGCAUUACUACAGGUUGGUGUAACUAUCCACUGGACCAGCUGGGCUUUUGGAGACGGAUGGAGGAGUUGAUCAAACGACUCACAGGGCAGAAACCACGAUCAGAUGACAUGGCAUGGGCAAAGAAGACCGACAGAUAAACACAAAGACACACAGAGGGAUGGACGGACAGAUGGGCUUGCAGACGCAAACACAUAGAAACAGGCGGAUUGGGAAAAACACACACACACACACACACACACACACACACACACACACACACGUUACCCAUGUCUCCAUGCUUCUUGCUUUUUUGCUGAAGAGCAAACAUUCAAAGAAACUGUGUUAGCAAAAAAAAAAAAAAAAAAAAUCAAA